AUUUGUUCACUUCGCAUCACUAACCUUUGCUAGUUCCUAAGCUAUGGCUAGGGUUAUUUUGACUCUUAAUACUAUAUUUCUCACUCCACGGCUACGAGACAGGGACAGUAAACCCCUAACACAAUUUUGAUAUGCACUCUACACCCUUAUCAUAAAUAUGUCGAAGUCAUCGGUGUCCCGUUCUUACUUAAUGGAGUCGUCUUGCAUUAAUGAUUCAAUAUACAGGACGAAGAAAGACAUAAGCCAAUAAUAUAUCUAUCCCACGUCAUGCGUGCGGGGAGACAACUGUCGAUCGCGGGGACAACUUCACCCUUACUCUCACGACAUCACAUCCACAAAGCAAACUGAAUGCCAAAACAUCAAUAAAAUGGCCGCAUACCCUCGUCCAGACUUCCAACGCCCAGAACUAAGCUGGAUAUCGCUCGACGGUCCGUGGGACUUCAUCUUCGACGACGCAGACAACGGCCUAUCACAAUGCUGGCACCAGAAGGGCCUCCCCGCCACCACAACCAGCCACACCAAACGCCAGAUUCAAGUGCCAUAUGCGUUCCAGACUCCCGCGUCGGGAAUCGGUAUCCAUGAGGCUCACGAGGUGCUAUGGUACGAGCGUACGGUGAAGGAUAUCCGCACGGCGGACGAACUAGCCAAGGGCAAUCGACUGGUGCUUCGCUUCGGCGCUGUCGACUAUGACUGUACCUUGUGGGUUGAUGGUCAGCUGGUUGGAGGGCACCGAGGUGGCCAUGCUCCGUUUGAGAUUGACGUGACUGAUGCCUUUGAGGUUGGGGAAAGUGCAGCAUCUACUCGGCGUCUGACUAUCCGGGUUAGGGACUCGCCGUCGGAUCUUAGCCAGCCGCGCGGGAAACAGUAUUGGGGGCCUGUUCCUGAUAGUAUCUUUUACACGCCGACUAGUGGGAUCUGGUUGUCUGUUUGGUUGGAGAGUGUGCCGAAGAUGCGACUGGGGGGUAGCAGCGAUGGUACGGUUCUUCGCUCGGAUGAUAUUGAUAAAGGACAGCUUCAUGCGCGGGUCGUGGUGCGGGGUCGCCUGGCAAUGGCGAAAGCUCAGGUCGAGAUUGAAGCGAUUCUAGCGGGCGUGCCCGUGAACCGUAGGAGGCAAGAUCUGCCACAGGACAAGGACUACGUGAGUCUCGAUAUGGACAUGCAUGUGCCGGAUACUGCUUCGCUGAGGGAAAGAGCUCCUUUCAACGUUGACGGGUGCUGGCAUAACGGGGUGGCUCUUUGGGCACCCGAGCAUCCUAUUUUGUAUGAUCUAACUCUGCGUCUGUAUGAUGCCUCGGGUAAUCUAGUAGACACAGUCGAGACCACAACAGGCAUGCGCAACGUUUCCUGGAAGAAUGGCGACGGGACUUUCCGUCUCAAUGGGAAGCCUCGAUUCCAAACUUUGGUGUUGGAUCAGGGUUAUUGGCCGGAGACAGGCUUAACGCCUCCCUCGCAGGAGGCACUGAAGGCUGAUAUCGAGAUGGCGCAAAAAAUGGGCAUCAAUGGAUGCCGCAAGCACCAAAAGGUGGAAGAUCCCGUCUUUUUUUACUGGGCGGAUAGACUAGGAUUUCUAGUGUGGGGUGAGAUGGCGAAUGCCUACGAAUUUAGUGAUGACUAUAUCUCUCGGUUCAACAGUGAGUGGGUAGAAGCUGUGAGGAGGGAUAUCAACCACCCAUCUAUAGUGGCUUGGACUCCUUUCAACGAGAGCUGGGGAUACCCUUCCCUGAAAGAUAACAUCGAGCAGCGGAACCAUAUCCGUGCGGUGUAUUACUUGACUAAGACACUGGACCCCACGCGACCCAUCAAUGACAAUUGCGGCUGGGAACAUGUUUUGACAGACUUGACAACCUACCACGACUACUCGGACCACCCUGCGCUCGCUGCCACCUGUUCGGACUUCACCAGAGGUAUUCUGGGACAAAAGUCGAAUCGCGAUAUGUUUGUGGGCCCUAUUCAUUCCGCUACCUCCCAGCCUUUGGACUCCGGUACGCAUCAUACGCCUGGUGCCCCAGUGAUUUGCUCCGAGUUCGGUGGAGUAAAUAUUAUUCCUACGAAGGGCACCGCCGCUGGCGAGAGGGACUGGGGGUAUACCACGGCAAGCGAUCCUGAGGACCUCCUUAGCCGCCUUGAAAAGCUGGUGAUGGCUGUCGUCAAGGGAGGCUAUUCAUGUGGCUUGGUUUAUACUCAACUAUGUGACAUCGAGCAGGAGGUCAACGGUUUAUACUCGUAUGAUCGUAAAGAGAAGGUCCCGGCCGCCAGAGUGAAGGAGAUCAUGGAUUCUGCUCACAGAUACUAUUAUGAGCAUGUGGCGCCGAAGUGAAUCCCGAAUAAUGAGCGGUGGGUACCAAUUAGCUUUGAAUUGGACACGGAGAUGGUGCUGUCUUGAGUCGUAUAUUAGAUAAUAUGUACUCCGUACAUACAUGUCGAAUGCCA